AUGGGUGAAGAUCAGAUCGUCCUCGCCCCUUCCUCUACCGGAUCCAUCACACUAUCCUCUCUCCUAUCUCAUCCCACUCCUCACUCGCCUUCUCUCAACCACACUCUCCCAUCUAUCCCUUUCAACGCCACCGAGGGCCACAAUGCCACACCCACCCCACCACCCUACGUCAAACCCCCAAAGUAUCACUACUUUGCCUCCCGCUACUCUUGGAUCUGGAUAUCCUCUACUAUCCUCAUCCUCAUCAUCAUCCACCUCAUCCGUACCAGACGCCACAAAAGACGUUUAAAGCAGAGUCUCGACCGGCGGCGAAGGCAAUGGAAAUCUGCCAGAGUGUCCGAGCGGGAUUUCGCUCUGGAGGAGCUCGAGCAGAGCAAGGGCGGUUGGGUGGGGAGACGUGUAAGGGCUCUAGGGGCUGGGUGGAGGAAUGUGAUGUAUAUGCGGGGAUUCCCCGUAUGGCUGUAUAUGCCAGAGACGGUGGCCGAUGCGGGCUUUACGGUGUUGUACACUGUCGUCUAUCUAUUCUUCUGCCUACACCGGACUACUUCAUGGUUCCCUGUUCGAGGGUACGAGAAUGCCGCAAACCAGCUAGGCGUCAUGUCUUUUUCUCAACUCCCCAUCAUACUCCUCCUAGUCUCCAAAAACAAUCCUAUAGCCUCCCUCACCGGUAUCACCUACCAAAAACUCAACUAUCUCCAUCGCGCAUCUUCUCGGGUUUGUCUUCUGACCAGCUGGGGGCAUGCGCUGCUUUGGACGCCGGAUGUGUGGGAGAUUGGAGAUACUAGGCCUUAUCUUCUUUGGGGCAUCGCCGCGCUGACGGGGUUCACGAUGCUCUGGUUGACGAGCUUCCGUUUCAUUAGACGGAUGGCUUGGGAGUUUUUCAUCGUCUCGCAUAUCCUCUUUUCCCUGUUGUAUCUGAUAGGUGCCUACUUUCAUUGGAAUCGUCUCAGCUACUGGGUCUGGCCUGCAAUUCUGAUCUGGGCUUUUGACCGUUGCCUACGAUUCAUCAAAGUCUCGUAUAUCAACAAGAUCUCGCCAUUCAUCCAAUCUCGCCGUGACGCAAAGAAAGGCAAGAGGUCAAAUAGAGGUCCGCAGAGAGGUGUCAAAGUGGAGUUGCUGGAACAUGAUGUGAUGCGGGUCACGAUCGAGAGGGAAGGCUGGAGUUGGAAAGCUGGUCAGCACGCAUUCAUCAGCGCCCCGUCCCUCACCUCUUCCCCACAUGAAUCCCAUCCCUUCUCAAUCGCCAACAUCCCCACUUCCACCUCCAACGCCGCCAGCUUCCUCAUCCGAGUCCAUUCCGGUUUCACCAAGCGUCUCAUGCACGCUCUCCAUUCCGACGUCGAAGAAGGGCUGCCGCUGCUCAUCGAAGGACCGUAUGGCUAUCCCCACAGUCUGGACUCUUACUCGACUGUCGUCUUGUUGGCAGGAGGUACGGGUGUGACAUUCACAUCCUCCCAUUUUCUGCAAAUCCUCCAAAACGCAGCUUCCGGCCGGUCGGCUAUCAAGCAUCUCCACCUCGUUUGGCACAUCCGCCACGCAUCCCACAUCCAAUGGAUCGCCCCCUUGCUCAACCUGGCUGCCGAAUAUGCUACGAAAGCGGAACAAGCCUGCGCAGGGGUUGAUUGGUUGGUGGAUAUCUACGUGACGAAGAGCCCUUCAGCGGAUGAGCCUUGGCGACCUAAUACUAUUGCAGAACCUGAGCGAGGCGGCGGAGGUCUGGAAUCACACUCCAUCUCCCAUUCUCGCUCUCAAUCGCGCUCCCAUUCUCGCUCCCACUCCCCCGCACCAUCAUAUCGCCCCGACGAGCUACUCACUCCCAAAGCUCAACAAGUGCGAAUCCCACUUUUGAGCGAUGAGCAAGACGGGUACGAAGGAGCACAAGAUCGGGAAGAAGAAGAAGAUGCAGGCUGGGGAUUGACGAUGAAAGCCUGGAGCUAUGUACGGUGGAAUAAGGGAAGAGCAGAUCUAAGAGAGAUUGUAGAGGAAGAUGCUAGAGAGGCAGAAGGUGCCAUGAACGUGUCUGUCUGCGGGCCCGUACAGCUGCUUCAAGCAUCGAAGAAAGCCGUCAGGGAGGUAUCGACAAUGCAGAGUACAAGAGAAGGUCUUAUGAGUAUAGAUUUCUUUGAAGAGACGUUAGGAGCAUAA